GUUUUGGAAGCGCGGGGCGCCAAAAAUAACUUCUUCAGUCUGGGGCAACAAAGUCAUCCCUGAUGGGCACAACGGUGGACACUGGAGAAAUAAUCAUCAUUCUCAGUGAUGAUGAAGACUGUGAAGAGGACAUGUGCAGUGAUCUCUCGGUUCUCAUCGUGGAGAUGGAGGACGUGAAGAAGAGCGCCGAUGCCGUGCCUCCCAGUGCUCCGGAUGAAGACCUGGUCAUCACCUUCUCCCGCCGUGCUGAGGUCCUUCCUCAUGCACGCUACGACUGUCCCAUCCACGCUUUUACGGCGACAGACUGUGAGAUCGGUGCUUCUGUGGCCAAUAACCAUCUCGCGUGCGAUCAGUGCUUCUGCUACAUCUGCGACAAGCUGGCGGCAUCGUGUAAGAUGUGGUCUUACGGCGGUGUGUGUCACUGCAACAGCCACAAGAGGAGCGACUUCUGGAACAACCUCAGAAACGGCUUGCUGCUGGGAGGACUGAAGACCUUCAACCUCACCGUGUCGGAAAUAGAUUCUCACCUCCGACUCGCAGACACGAUGCUGCAGAGCUUCAGGCAAGGGCUCUCUGAGAAGUUCUUGUCCACCGUGAAGGCUCCGGAGCAAUGGGGCGUGAACCAGUGGAACCAGAAGAGCCCCAUCUUCGACUACACAACCGUGUUCGAGUUUGUGUCUUCGUUCCUGAACAAAGCGGCUCAGCAGGAGGGCAGAGCGGCGGCCAUCUUGAGACUGGGAGCCGCUGCCGAGUUCAUACGGCAUUUUCAAAUCUCAGGGUUUUUCAUCGCUCAGUCUCCCAUUGCUACUACUGUCGAUCCCAGACUGAUGUUACUGCAGAGGGUAAUAGCGUCGAUGCAGAGGCAGAUGGUGAUGACCGAUCUGACCUCUGAGUUCAUCGACAAAUUGCAGGAUUUUUUCAAGAGUUUACCUUUCCCCGCUGAGCUGAGGACCCUAAGGAACAGCCUGUGUGUGCGGCAUUGGGAUGACGUCCUGCUGGUCACCGUGCUGAAGGGGCAGAACGUGACCGGGAACCGCAAAGACAAAGGCAAGAAGGACCAGCUGAUUGAGAAGAUUUCCGUCGUGCUGUUGAGAACGGAGCUCCUCCAGCGGCAGCACAGGUACAGAGAGUUGUGUCGCUACCUACGAGUCGUCAAGACGGAUGAUUCCAAGCGUCUCCAGCAGGUUCGGGACCUCCUCCCGUUCUUCAUGUGCAUGGACGGCUCUCUGACCGGCAGCCUGAACAGCUUCUUCACGGUGGUGAGCGCGCCCGCCUCGCGCCUCACGCCGCAGCUCUUCCUCUUUUACUUCCGCAUCUUCAACACGGCCACGGCGCCGACGGCGCCCGUCAGCCAGGUGGUGCACUGCUUCUCCGACGCGGCCUGGCAGCCGAUCAAAGACGCGGCGCCGCUGCCGCGGGCCGUGCUGGUCCGGUUCGCUCUCCGGGUUCAGAGAUGCUCCGCGGCCGUUUUCCACGACUCUCGGUGUUGGAUCGAUUUACUCCAAGUCGUCAACACGCUCACCGCUGUCCCGGAACCACGUCCAGAUUUUCUACGCGAGUCGAAGGAUGUUGUGAAUUCAAUCCUGCUCGGUCAGCAUGGGUCAAACCUCCAGAUCCCAACCUUCUUUCUGGAGGUGUACCCAGACCAGGCGUUGUUGCUGUUGGUAACGGGGGCUUUAGAUGUGAGAAUCCUGAGCAUUGCUCUGAGUCCAGCCCUCCCUGUGCUCAACACCUUUAAGGAGAACAUGUGGGCUCUCAGGUGGCUCUGGGACAAUUUGUCCUCCUGCCCAGAACGGCUCGGGUCCUUCUUACUGGAGAUCUCGCCAGAGAUGGAAAACACAAAAGAUGGGCAUCAUGUGUUAUCCUUUCUUCGCGCCGCUGUCGCCAACUCGUCUUCCUCGACUGCAAUCGAGCCGCUGAUGAACCCCGCUGCUCCUCCUCAGUGAAGGCCGCCGCGCCAGCCAUGAGCCUGAUGCGAUGAAGCGAAAAGGGGAGGAGCCACGAAUAUUAUGUGUCUGAAGUUCUAUGCAGACGCCAAAAUAUAACCAGACGACCAGACUUCAAACUUUGUUGUUUUUGCUUAUUUUGAAUCCUAAUGUAAAAUAUAAGAUUGUAUUUGCAGAGUAAAUAAACAUGUGCAAAACUCAAGAUAUUCUGUACUGAUUUUAUUUUUGUUGUACUUUUCAUAAAUUAUGACUGACUUUUUUACUUUUCAUGAGUUUUAUUCUACUGUUCUUUUGACAGACUGCAUAGACUUUUUGGAGUGUUGCUCCUCCAAUGUACAUUUGAUUUAACGCCUCUAAUCAACAACUGAAAUCAUGUUUUUGUCCUUCUGGUUGUUUUAAUUGAGUGGAGCUUAUAUUCACAACAGUUAAAAUACUUACAGAUAUUCACUUUAAAUGCAAAUGCUUAUCAGAGGCUGUCAUGUAGUGUUUGCAAAUAAAAGAAAAAGUAACUGUU